AUGGAAAAUAUUAACAUUGGGAAAAACAAUAAUGAAUUAAAAAAAAUAGAAGACGAAAAAAAACUAGUAACAGGACAGAACUUAAAUUUAUUAAUAGGGGAUUUGAAAAUGAUGACAGCAUAUGAAAUGUCAUCAGAAUGGAAAGAUACAAAUAUGAUGAAUGAAUGUUUUAAUAAUUUUUCAUGGUUUGAUUCAAGAAUACUUAAAAAUAUACAAAACUAUUUAAAUGCUGAUGAAGUAGAAAGAUCAAAAAUCGACUAUGCAUAUAAUGCUUUAUUCCCUAAACCAAUUGAUAUAAAAGAUACAAAAUUAAAUAUGAUGUCACUAUGGAUUAAAUCAAGAAUACAUUACAACAAUACUUUUUUCCCUUUACAUUUAUCUGAAUAUGAUUUAUAA